AUGAACUACACCAACCCCCCAUCAUGGUUCAACUCCCCCUCCCUCCCCUCCUCGUCCAUCUUGACGGACCCCCCGGCCUCCCGCUCCGCCCCAUCCACCCAGCUUUACUCCAUCUCGCCACCCAUACCCCACCGCCGAGCGCCGCCUCCACCCCGCCGUCGCCGUGCUCGCCACCUCCGGCUCCUCGAGCCUUCUACCAGAGGCCUGUUCACUCUGCUGGAAGUGGACGAGGCCGAGGAUGCGGAAAUCGGAUAUCGCUGCGGAUACGCUUGCAGCUCGGCCAGCGCGAGCGUCCGGAUGCUGUCGGCGAGGCCAAGUAGCGAGGCGCUGUCCCUCAGUCCGCUCAGGCAGCGGCUGGAUCUGCCGCAAGACGUCGGCGUGUAUUCGGGGGAUGAGGAGGAUCUGGUGGUGGUCGAGAACAGGCUCUCGUGGGUGUCGGCAUCGAGCGCUACCGGCGAGACGUCCACACCGCCCACCCCUUCGUCCGAGCACGAGGACCCCUUCUUUGUCGACGUCCCGCUGGAUGUCGACGAGUCAGAUAUCGACACCUCCUUUGCCACCUUCCUUGCCUCGUGCGCCGCACCCCAGACCCGGACACGGCGCCCUCCCCCACUGGACCUCAGCCGAAGCCACCCCUACGCCUACUCGGCGGAGAUCGACCGGUGGUCCCAUGAUGUUGAGGCCAUCACACCAAAGAUCUCAUGCACCCCUCCUCCACCCGCCAUCCAGCCCACCCUCCUGCCAUCCCUUCCCAUCCUUUCUCCAGCGGCGUACCAAGCUCAGCGCGACACACAACCACCUCCAACACCCCAUGCCCCCUCUCGGCUCCCUCCCCAGCCCCGCUGGUCACAGCGCAAAUCCCACUCCGCACCUGCGCCGCCACUCAAGAAGGAUCCUUUCGACCUCCUCACUGCGCUCGAGAACCUUCUAGCGACAUGCGGCGAGCCAGAGCCGCUUGUCGACUCUCGUCCAUACUCUGCAUGGUCUGACGACUCGGACUCGGACUCGGAGGCUCCCAAGCGGACGUACCAGUCGUUCCCUCUCCCUCCACCUCGGACGCCCCUCCUCUCCCCGGCUUCCGCAUCCUCCACCUCUAGCUUCGGGAUCGGCGGACCGGCCACCCCGCGCACUCCCCGCUUCCACGCCUCCCUCCCUCCUGCGUCGUCUGCUCGAGAACAGAAGAAGCGCGUCCCCAUCAAGCCUCGCUUCAUGGCAGAUCACUCGGCUCUCUUCAGCAUGUCGGGUGCCAUCGCGCCCAUUCCUCUGCCUUCCCGGCAUGUAUCAACUGCGCCCGCAGCAGAUUAUCAGGCGGACCGACCAGAUAGUAGGGGGUCGGGCGGUAGUAGGGGAAGCGGGUCGAGCAGGAAUGGGAGAUUACCACCACGCUCGAGGCUGCCGACGAGUUGGACAAGGGAGUAG